AUGAACUACUACACUAUGACGCCUGUCAGCGCUACCGAUCUCAGCAAUGUACAAAUACAAAUGAACGGCAAUAUCCAUCUGCCCCAAAACAUCACAGCCGUCCAGGAAAUCGUGAACGGUAGUAGCGGAGCUCUUUACUCGAACGGAAAAUAUUGGUUCUCCCUCGUGGGGUCUAACAUCGACUAUAUUGGCUCGUCAAACGUCAAACACGGCUGGGUCUACUCCUACGGGCAAGCCUGGUGGGAUGCAAACCCACCCAAAGGGACGGGCAUUGAAUCUCGCCCACAUCUAUUGCAUAUUGGAUCGCUUGGCGAAGAUCAAGCAGUAUUUGCGAAUGUGACGAAUAUUCACUUUGCUGAUGUUACUGCAAUCAAUGCGCUCUAUGGAGCCCGCUUCAAGUCUUGGAUUGGAGGCCAAGGACUGGCAAAGAACAUUACAUGGAGCAAUAUGCGGAUGUACAAUGUCACGUUUCCAGUAUUUGUGACCCAAACCUACUCAAACCAAGGAUCUUCGCAAACACAGCUCGUCAAUGGCGCGGUGACUGGGCGUGUCAAUAAUGCUUCCGUGAUGAUGGAAGACUUCACAUGGUCCGGCUUUACGGGACAACCAACACCUACCAGCCCGGAGAUGGAUCUUGCGUAUCCAAGCCAUGUUGAGUGCAAUACCAACUCGUCAUGCAAAGGCUUUCAGACGAAAGAUAUCCAUAUCAUCCCCCAGAGCGUGAGCCCGGCAACAGUCAUCUGUAUGAACGCCACAGCAGCGCUCAAUCCAAAGCUUGGCUUCCCCUUCCUAUUUGGCUCUGUGUUCUUUCAGAGUCCUAUUCUGCUUUCCUCGUCUAUCAUUUAUUCGAAUCCCAGUCUGGCUGCCAUCAUGAUUCCAUACCAAGUUCUCUUCUCGCAACAGCAGCCACGUCCCCGGUUUUGUAUUUUCCGUCCCGGGGGCGUGAUCGCUCCUCUGAUUCCUCUCGACGAGCUCCCCGCAUGGGUGAACAUCUGCUUGACCCCGAACAUGGUCUUCGGGAUGCAACCAGCGUCGUUGAGCUAUAUACCUCGUGAAGGGGAGUAUGAUGUGAUAUGUCAUCAUUGUUCUAGCAGCGUCGACUCCCUUCAUCAGAGCGUCUCCGAACGGAACGGCGAUUCGCAGUCACGCUCGUCGCCUUCUUCAACCAGUCAAACGAAACGCUGCCCGGGGGCCUUUUUCACAGAGAUUCCAGAUGGCGAUGUUCAUACGGAAUCAAAGGGUUCAAUUAAGCUGCCCCCGCCCGCGAUCCCGUUGACUACGGUGAUUCAAAACCCCCUCAUGGGGGUACAGUUGUAUGAGAUCGUUGGCAAAGGAUCCCACGUCAGAUCAGCCUCGCUCGUAUUCCAGAACCCCAUGAAGCUUUCUAAUUCGACCCCUUCAAGCUCUGAAGAGUCGAUGCCAGCACGGCCAGGCACAAUCCACUCCGAUCAUGCGUCGCAGAACGCGCCUGGCACCCCUGCUACAUCGGUGGACGAGAGUGACAAAGCCCCGACUGAUUCCAAAAUCCCAGAGGAGCAGGCACGGAAUAAGCGCAAGUUGAUGAGGACUCUGUAUGAAGAAGAAAAUUGUACGGGUAAACGACCUGACUCGCCAUACCCAUUCGGCUCCCGCGACGACAGUAUCACCAGCGUCGCUUCUACUAUUUCACUCGUUCAAGCGGUUGAGCUUCUAAAGACAAGAAAUGAAGAAGCUUUGAAGUCUCAAAGGGGGCCGCAGAAGGCGAAGAAGUCCUUCAACCCAUCCGCCUAUUCGAAUUCGAAGCGGAAGCCCCGUCGGGUCCGGUCCAAAGCACGCCGAAAUGUGCGCUUCGAGCACCGUGCUGCCAAAAAGGACAAGUGCUCGGAUGCUGCCCAUGAUCAUAAACAGGGAAAGCCCGAGGUAGUCAAUUCUGCGACUAAACGACGAGAUCGUCGGGAGAGAGCCUUUCGAAGAAAACAUGAGGGAAAAGAGUCCGCGAGUCAGCACUGGCACAUGAUGAUGAUCCCCAACUGGGGUAGCAAUGGCCCACGUCGUUAA